AUGAUGAGUUCAAGCGUUGAAUGUUACCUUGUUCCCCGGACGGAGGAUGCGCCUAACAGCCGACUUCCGAUCCUUGUGUACCGCGAUGUGUUACCCCAGCCGAGGACCGAAGAGACGGCAACGAGAUUCCUGACUACACAUCGGUGGGAAAAGAGGGGAACUUGGGGACAUAUUGCCAUUCGCCACUUCCAUCCCAACAGCCAUGAAUGCUACGGUAUUUUCCAAGGCUCUUCAACCCUCUUAUUAGGCAAGAUCCAGAAGGGUAAAGGCGUAGAAGUCCCCGUCAAGGCUGGCGAUGUUGUCGUCCUACCCGCUGGAACGGCCCAUUCAUCCCUCGAAAGCUCUUCGGAUUACAGGUACAUCGGUGUAUAUCCAAAGGGGUGUCCCAAGUGGCGGAAUGAGAUGGGAAAGAAGUCCUCAAACGUGUUUCUGGAGACUAUCGACGAAGUAGGUAUGCCUGAAGACGAUCCUGUUUAUGGGCCUGAUGGACCAUUGCCCAUGCUAUGGAGGCAAAAUCCUCGCGCCAAGUUGUAG